GCAAAAAGCGAGCUUCAGAUUGGGUGUCUGUCUGUGUGGCUCUCGUACGCGUGUGCAGGGGUAGUUCCUCCUCCAGGGCGGAAUGUGGAGGUCAAAUAAAAGCGCUCCGCACAUCUGAGCUCUCCGCAGAGGUGCGUGCAAGAGCAGGAGGGGCAGGACGCACAGGGAGAGAAACGGGGAACUUGGAGACUUGAAGAGGCUGUGGUGAAUCUGAAUCCCUCAGCCAGUGAACUACCGCGUCUCCUCGAGCCUCCAUUGCUAGGAAAAUAAGGUUUAACUGUCGGUAUACUUGUGCUUCAUCUCACCUGUGAAAAUGACCGGUGGCCCGUUGGGCACGGCGUUGGCGGUGGCUUUGCUCGCCUGUACUGUGCAGUGUAUGCCGAAAGGAACGGGAAAACAUAGGAGACAAGCUCAGGAACACUCGGUGUCAUCCGUAUCCCAAGAUGGCUGUGUUGAGAAUGGUCAGCUUUAUGGAGCUGGAGAGCAGUGGGAGCGCAGUUAUCUGGGCAGCACACUGCUCUGCACUUGUCAUGGAGUUUCUGGUAUAAAGUGUAAAUCAAAGCCUGAUGCUGAGGAAACCUGCUAUGAUAAAGUAAACGCUCGCUCCUAUCGGGUUGGAGAGACUUAUGAGAGGCCAAAGGAUGGGAUGAUCUGGGACUGCACUUGCAUUGGCUCCAGCCGAGGGAAAAUCAGCUGCACUAUUGCGAACCGCUGUCAUGAGGGAGGGCACUCCUACAAGAUUGGAGACACAUGGAUGAGACCCCAUGACACUGGGGACUACAUGCUAGAGUGCGUCUGUUUGGGAAAUGGAAAAGGAGAGUGGACCUGCAAACCUGUUGCGGAACGCUGUUAUGACAAUACUGCUGACACAUCCUACAUGGUUGGUGAGACCUGGGAGAAACCCUACCAAGGCUGGAUGAUUGUGGACUGCACCUGUUUAGGAGAAGGAAGUGGACGUAUUACAUGCACAUCCAGAAAUCGCUGUAAUGACCAGGACACACGCACUUCUUACCGGAUCGGAGACACGUGGAGCAAGACGGAUUCUCGCGGACAUGUGCUACAGUGUUUGUGUACUGGAAAUGGACGUGGAGAGUGGAAAUGCGAGAGACAUGCGUCACUGCACACCACUAGCCUGGGUACUGGGCCUCGUGUGGUGACCAAUGUCCAGCCUGCUGUGUUUCAGCCACAGGCGGUGCCUGAACACCCCAUGGAGGGAUCCUGUCUGAGAGACGCAGGUGUUUCCUACGCCCUGGGCAUGCGCUGGAUCAAGACCCAGGGCAGCAAACAGAUGUUGUGUACCUGCUUGGGCAACGGUGUCAGCUGUGAAGAGUCAGAGAGCCAGUCCCAGGUGUAUGGUGGGAGCUCAGGUGGCCAGCCGUGUGUGUUCCCUUUUGUGUUCAUGGGGAAAACCUUCUACUCCUGCACGUCUGAGGGACGCAGUGAUGGGCAGCUCUGGUGCAGCACCUCAUCUGACUUUGAGAAAGACUACAAGUACUCCUUCUGUACAAGCAAGAAUGUUAUGGUCACAACAAGAGGGGGAAACUCCAAUGGUGCACUCUGUCACUUCCCGUUCCUUUACAAUGGCCGUAACUACACUGAUUGCACCGCUGACGGCAGGAGAGAUGGCAUGAAAUGGUGCGGCACAACUUAUAACUAUGACCGAGAGCAGCGGUUUGGCUUCUGUCCCAUGGCAGCUCAUGAGGAGGUGUGUACCAUUGGUGAGGGUGUGAUGUAUCGUGUGGGUGAUCAAUGGGACAGACGCCAUGAUGUUCUGGGUCACAUGAUGCGCUGUACAUGUGUGGGCAAUGGCCGUGGAGAAUGGAGCUGCAUCGCCUACUCGCAACUCAAAGACCAGUGCAUUGUGGAUAAUUUGACCUACGAAGUAAAUCAGACUUUUACUAAACGUCACGACGAAGGUUACAUGAUGAACUGCACCUGUUUCGGUCAAGACCGUGGACACUGGAAGUGUGACGCUAUCGAUCAGUGCCAGGAGCCAGAGACUAGAGCGUUCUAUCAGAUUGGAGAGUCCUGGGACAAACUCAUUGAGGGAAUCCACUAUAAAUGUUACUGCUAUGGAAAUGGCAUCGGAGAGUUGAGCUGCGAGCCUCAGACUUUCUCUGGUGAUCAGCGUACAGUGCAGAUGAUUAUAUCAGAGUCUGGCAACCAGCCCAACUCCCACCCCAUCCAAUGGAACACGCCGGCUACUGUACACAUCACACAGUACAUACUCAAAUGGAGACCGAAAAACACCCAUACCCAAUGGAUGGAGGUCACUAUUCCAGGCCAUUUGAACUCUUACACUAUUGCUGGACUAAAGUCAGGAAUCACCUACGAGGGUCAACUCAUCAGCAUCCUGCAUUUUGGACAUAGAGAAACCACUCGCUUUGAUUUCUCCACCGUGCAUGGCUCAUUGACACCCUCUGAGGGAGAGACCACCCCGCCUCCUCCGAUGGUGGACACCUCUGAGUCUGUGACUGAGAUCACUUCCAGCAGUUUCGUCAUCUCUUGGGUGUCUGCGUCCGACACGGUGUCUGGAUUCAGGGUGGAAUAUGAGCUGAGUGAGGAGGGAGGGCAGACCGGACAGCCCAUGGUCUUGGACCUUCCUCAUACGGCUACAUCCGUGAACAUCAGCGAACUUCUCCCAGGAAGGAAGUACACUGUAAAUGUGUAUGAAGUGACUGGAGAAGGAGAACCUAACCUGAUCCUAACUACUUCCCAGACUACAGCUCCUGAUGCUCCUUCUGAUCAUGAAGUGGAGGAUGUGGGGGAGGCCUCCAUCAUCAUCAGCUGGUCUAAACCUGUGGCUCCCAUCACGGGUUACCGUGUGAUUUACACACCAUCUGAAGAGGGUAGCUCUGGUAGUACUGAGUUGAAUCUGCCUAACACAGCCACCUCCGUGACCCUGGGUGACCUUCGCCCUGGUCUGCUCUAUAACAUCAGCAUCUACUCGGUGGAAGAGAAUCUGGAGAGUGAACCUAUUUUUGUUCAGGUCACAACUGCUGGGGAACCACUGGCAGAGGAAGUUGCGUCUCCAACCGAUCUGCAGUUCACUGAGUAUACUGCCACUCUGCAUGCAGAAAGAGGCAAUGUGCUUAGUGAGGAGUCCCUCGCCUCCUUCACCACAAUUCAGCCAAUGGGAAAUGCUCCUUACUUCAGCACUGAUGUCACAGACACCUCCAUCAUUGUCUCCUGGACCCCUGUGCCUAAAAUUGGAUACAAGUUGACCGUGAGGCCCAGCCAAGGUGGAGAAGCUCCAAGGGUCAUGAUCUCAGAGUCUGGUAGUGUCCUCAUCUCAGGUCUAACUCCUGGAGUUGAGUACACUUACAGCGUCCAGCCGGUCUUCGACAGUCAUGAGCAUGGCAACCCCAUCACUCGACGCGUGGUCACUCCUCUUUCUCCACCCACGGAUCUGAACCUGGAGUCCAACCCGAACACUGGAGAGCUGACGGUUCAAUGGAGCGAUGCUAAAAUCCCAGACAUCACAGGUUACAGGGUGACCUGCACUCCCACCAAAGGGCAACAAGGGAACUCUAUAGAGGAGUUUGUGAAGGCAGGACAGAACUCGUGCACGUUAGAGAAUCUGAGUCCAGGAGUGGAGUACAAUGUCAGUGUGUUUACUGUGAAGGAUGACAUGGAGAGUGUUCCUGUCUCCACCACUUUGACUCCAGAUGUGCCCAAAAUAACUGACCUUAGCUUCAUCAACAUCACUGACUCCACUAUCGGCCUCAGCUGGAGUCCUCUUAACUCUACCGCCGUUACCGGCUACCGCAUCACGGUGUUGGCUGCUGGGGACAGUGUCCCAAUCUUUGUUGAAUUUGUGGAGCCCACGGCAGGCGUUUAUACUGUGCAUGGUCUGGAGCCCGGUAUUGAUUAUGACAUAACCGUCACCACAGUCACAGAAAAUGGAGAGAGUGAACCAAUCACCAUCACCCAGCAAACAGCUGUCCCUGCUCCAUCUGGCCUGUCAUUCGGUGAAGUGACCGCAGACACUAUGCUGGUGACCUGGAAAGCCCCUCAGGUGCCCAGAUCCUCUGAUAUCGAGCGCUACAUCAUCCACUAUCAUCCAGUCGAUGACGACGAUGACACCAUUGAGCAAACUGUAGAUGGAAACACAAACUACGUUGUUCUUCGCCAUCUUGUGCCCAACACUGAGUACAUGGUGAGCGUGAUUUGUGUCUAUGAAGAGAGAGAGAGCUCACCUGCCAUUGGCACUCAGAGAACAGUCCUCGAUGCACCUGUCGGCCUGCAGUUCUCAGAUGUUGGCACCAACUCCUUCACCGUACGCUGGCAGGCUCCUCAGGCCGUUAUCUCAGGAUACCGUAUCCGCUACCAAAUGACCAGUGGGGGACGUGCUAAAGAGGAGAGACUGCCCCCAUCGAGGAGCCAUUUCACCCUCACAGGCCUGACCCCGGAGACCGACUACAGCAUCAGCGUCUACGCCGUCAGCGGAUCCCGCGAGAGUCUGCCUCUAACUGGAACUCAGUCUACCAUCUCUGAUGCCCCCACUGACCUGGAAGUCAUCUCCUCAACGCCAACCAGCAUCACCGUUCGCUGGGAUGCCCCCUCUGUCACUGUGAGGUACUACAGGAUCACACACGGAGAGUCGGGAGGUUUUGACGCUCCUCAGGAAUUUACUGUUCCCGGCUCCCAGUCUACUGCCACUAUUGAAGGCCUCCGUCCAGGCACUGAUUACACUAUCACUGUUUACGCUGUGACCGGCAGAGGGGACAGCCCUGCGUCCAGCACCCCCAUCCAUGUUAUACACAGAACGGAUAUCGAGUCUCCAUCAGAGAUGGAGGUGACUGAUUUGAAGGACAACACUAUUACUGUACGCUGGAGCCCAGCAGUGGGUCCCAUCUCAGGAUAUCGUGUCACAGGAACUCCACUAAAUGGACAGGGACCUACUUUCUCUGAGGUGGUUGCUCCAGACCAGAUUGAAAUGACGUUCUCUGGCCUGAUGCCGACAGCGGAGUACACCGUCAGUGUGUACGCUUUGGGACAGGACGGAGAGAGCCCCCCUCUGGUCGAAACUAUAGUCACAAUGGUGGACAAACCCAAAGACCUGUCCUUCACUGAUGUGGACUCAACCUCCAUGCGCAUCUCCUGGGAGAGUCCUGAUGGGGUGGUCUCCUCUUACAGAGUGCUGUACUACAGUCCAGAGGAGGGGGAGAGAGAGCUGUUCCCUGCCCCACAUGGAGAGGAUGAGUCUGCAGUGCUGCAUGGCCUCAGACCGGGCACAGAAUACACUGUUAAAGUCAUUGCACUGCAUGACUGGACCCCCAGCACUCCAUUAGUGGGCACUCAAACAACAGCUAUUCCUGGACCCACAAGUCUGCACUUUUCCCAGGUGGGUCCGACAUCCUUCACUGUCUCCUGGUCUUCUUCUGAUGUCAGGCUGACAGGUUACCGUGUGGCCAUCACCCCCAAGAGCAAGAAUGGACCCACUAAAGAGGACAACAUCUCCCCUGACUCAACUGAGUUCCACGCCACUGGACUCAUGCCUGGCACUGAUUAUGAAGUGGAGGUUUACGGUGUGAUGAACUCUCUCACCAGCCGUCGUGUCAAAGGAGAAAUCACAACACCUGACAACAUCAGUCCACCUCGACGUGUCCGUAUAGCCAAUGUGAAGGACUCCUCCAUCACUCUCACCUGGCGCUCUAAGACCGAGGCCAUCUCUGGCUUCCUGGUAGAGUCCACACCCACCAUGGGCGGUCAUAACCCUAUCCAGAGAACCAUUGAACCCGAUUCACGCACCUACACCAUUACUGGUCUGGAGCCAGGAACCACUUAUAAAAUCAAUAUCUAUACUCUGAAUGGAAGCUCACGUAGUGAGCCUUUCACCCUUACAGCUACUACAGCAAAACCAGUUAUCAGCCCACCCACAAACCUCCAUUUCACCUCUUUGACUCCUACUUCGAUCUCCUUCACCUGGGAGCCUCCACGAAGCACUAUCACUGGAUACUAUGUGACUUAUGAAGAGGCUGGAGACAUUCCUAAAGAGUUGACCCCUCGACCUCAGGCUGGCAGGACCUUCGCUUCCAUCUCUGGUUUGAAACCGGGCACGGAGUACAUUAUCAAGAUUGUGGCAUUAAAUAAUGCUCAGAGAAGCAUUCCACUGAUUGGAAAAGCAAAAACUCAACUGGAAAUUCACCAGCCUGCCCCCCAGCUCCCUGACCCCAGCCGGCCCCGCCAUGACAUCCUGGAUGUGCCAGAAGACAACGACCACUUUAACAACCACGUGCAUAUGCUGGGGCCAAACAGACACAACACAUUGGGGCAGCAGGGCCAACACAUCUACACUGAAUAUCAGAGCCACAACCUGGGCAAUAAAGGCGAGCAGCCUCAUCCCCCAAGCCACCGCGAGCCUCUGGUCUACAUCCCCCUGCCGGGAGCAGAUGGCCAGAGAGUGCCAGUGGUGCAGGUGAGCGAGGGGCCUGAACCUGGCUUCCCUUUCGGUGGCCUUUACAAUGAGACAAACCUGCCCCAGGAAGCUCAGACCCAGACCACAAUCAUGUGGCAGCCUGUGCCGCACACCUCAGAGUACGUGGUGUCAUGCAGUCCCAUUACAGAGAUCAAUGAGAAGAGUUUCCAGAUGCGUCUGCCUGGUACGUCCACUAGCGCUACACUGAUCGGUCUCACCUCUGGUGCCUCCUAUAAUGUUCUUGUGGAGUCUGUCAAUGGAGACCAAAAACAGAAAGUCCUGGAAGAUGUUGUGACUGUCGGAAACAGUGUUCCAGGGGCUGGAGUGGUUCCCACAGGCAGGGAUGUGUGCUACGACACAUUCACCACCACCUACCAUGAGGUGGGCGCAGAGUGGGAGCGCAUGUCCGAGACAGGCUUUAAACUCUGGUGCAAGUGCCUUGGCCUCGGCAGUGGUCAUUUCAGAUGUGAUUCAUCCAAGUGGUGCCAUGAAAAUGGCCACAACUACCGAAUUGGCGAGAAGUGGGACCGUCAUGCUGAGAAUGGACACAUGAUGAGCUGCACCUGUCUGGGCAACGGGAAAGGAGAGUUCAAGUGUGAACCCCAUGAAUCCACCUGUUAUGAUGAUGGGAAGCUCUACCAGGUGGGAAACCAGUGGCAGAAGGAGUAUCUCGGAGCAAUUUGCACAUGUACCUGCUAUGGAGGACAACAGGGCUGGCGCUGUGAGAACUGUCAUCGUCCUGGUGCUGAAGUUGACGCGGACCUCAUUCAGCCUCCAGUGCGCUCUGAUGCUUACGACCGCUACAGAGAGAACGCCCUUCGCAAACUGAACAUUCAAUGUCCAAUCGAGUGCCUGAGACCAGACCUCUUAGCAGAUGCUCAGAGCCCUCUAGAAUAAACGUGUCUAUCAAUUUUG